UUGUACGCCUUAACAAUAUUGGACCAUCUCGCGCCGCGCCGUAAUUUUCGAAACCGAAAUAAAAAUGUUUAGUCCAAGAACUCCGUCUACUCGGGCCAGGUCGUCACCAUAUACGCCAUCUGGAGUAACCCCGCGUGCCCAGAACAGACGAGUAUCAAAUAUUUUCACUCCCAAAGGAAGGCAAUCAUCGCUCACACAAAAGGGCAUUCCCAACAGGUCAUUACAAACAUCUCAGCUUAUCGAGGAAACAGAAGGAUAUCGCAUCGAAGGUUUUGGGACCCCACUCCCUGUUCUUAUCACAGAGGCACUGGCCUUAGCAGACAAACACACAGAGAUAACUGUGAAGAUUGACCAGUCUGGGUGGGCGUGGCUGGUUGGAGGAAGGAAGCUGUUUGUCUGGAGGUACAAAGGAGGACAAAGUACUCGGACUGUCUUUUGUAAAGAACUAACGCUUCCACCGAGUGAUCUGGCUCACAAUGCUGACCGAGUCUGUGUCAUCCCGAGUGUCACUGACAAUCAGUCUGCUUCCUGUAUUGCUGUGUCACCAGAGGGCAUCGUUAGAUACUGGCCGAACAUCGCCUAUGAAGGUUCAUCCACAGAAAUCAGCGCUGAGCUGCGAGGAGAUGAAUGUGCAAGUGUGGUUAACUUUGAGCCUUUUGGGUGUCUGCUGGCCACCACAACAAGUUCCCUAGUUCUCCUGUUACCUAUGUCAGGACAGAAUACACUGACAUGCCAUCCCCUGAAAGGAUCACAAGGAAUGUUCUCGGGAAUUGGGAGGAGAAUGUCUUCUUUUAUAUUUGGGGCUUCAACUCUUCAACCAUCAGGGGCUCCAUUACAAGCCAUCGUCUGUGGGAAGUGUGAAGAUGAGGAUGAGAGGUCGUUCUUUGUGUUGUCAGGGACGCAGUUCCAGAAGUGGAAUAUAUCUCAGCCCAUUACAGAAAAGCUUUUCUAUCAGAUCGAUGUCGAGAGAAUGUUCAGGGAAUUUCUUUCCAAGAAGGUUUGGAACCAGGACUCGCGGCAGCUGACCCAGUUAAAGACCUGGCUGUUAGACAUGCAGCCCACACAACAUGGAGUUGUCUUUCUUGGUGCUGGAGUCAAUAUGGAUGUUGAUUUGACUGUACAUUUUGGACUAGCUUUCCUAGAUACUGAUAUCAAUGGAACGCCUAAUGAGUUGGAAAGUCUUAUGAUUCUGGAGCAUCAGGAUGUGUAUUCGGAGGACUUUGAGUACAGCCUUCAGAAGCACAGGCUGUUACUGGCCGAUCCUAGGUCAACCACAGCCUACAUAUACGACAGGGAACAUGUACUAUUUGUCCCAGGUCCAUCUACAGAAGUGAUCAACUUACAACAGCCUGGGGGUCAUAUCCUUGGGGCAGGAACCAGUGACGGGGUAGGGGUGUUCUUUUCUGGCAGUAUGGGACUCUUCUCCAUCAGCACCCCACAGCGCCAGGAAAUCAGUAUAAUGGAGGAGCCCGUACAGGAUAUGACGACGGCAGACAUGUCAGUUCUGACAGCCAGUCAUGCCAAAAUGCAGGAACUGUCGAUGAGUGAAGACAGAACAGCUCGUCUGAAGUCAGCAUUCAUCGCCACAAUGCGAGGCAAUAUUGCUGCUGCCCAAGCCACUAUUGAGGAGUUAUUUCCCCUGGAUGAAGUAUCCACAGACUUGGAUCAGACAGUUGUCUCCCUUGAUAAGGAUCUGGUGGAUGAUUUCCCGGCUUCUGAUCCCCGCUGGGCCGAGUCUAGGCAAGAUGCCACAAGUAGUACCACCUCUCUCAUCAUCAUCAACCAACUCAAUGACAAACUCCGAGCUCAUGAGUAUGUCAUCAACUUUCUGAAGAAGAUGAAUCUCUGGGAGCAGCUUAAGCAAGUGACGGUACGAGGCACGAGGAUGCUAACAAGACAUGUGAUGUGUGAACACGCAGAGAAACUACAGGCAGCCAUAGCCCUGCGACAGUUACAUGGGGAGUUCAGCGGGAUUGUAGAUGCUGCCAUUAAGAAGGUGCUAGAGCAGAGACAGGACGUCAAUGUCUCCCACAACCUGACCCCACAGGACGUGUUUUACCGGGAGGUGUCCCGGAUACAGGAAGUGAUGGAAUGUUUGUUGGAGUACCAGGAGGAAGUCCUGUUGGCUGAUGUCACGGUAACAGAAAUCCUGACCGUCAUCAUAUCGAUCAACACCAUUGUAGAGGAAAUGCUACACAAAGCUUUACAGUAUCAUCAGACCAAGUCUGCCAUGUAUGAUUGUGAGGCACCGGAGGAAGAAAACCCAGAGUACAUUCCCUGGACCUCAACAGGAGGCGACCGAGGGGUCAGAACACUCCUACUGAAGCAGUUCAAUACGACUAUGGAGAUGGUCCUUCCCGAAGUCCGCGACACAGAGGGCCUAGAAAAGAUCUACAGACAGCUCGCCUCCAUCGCUGACAUCAUUCUGGAUGGCUAUGUAGGUCAGUUGGAGUCGCUGAAGGUCAAGGCCAACCGACAGCAGCACUACAACGAACUACAGCGGCGCUACGAACAGGACAGGCAGCAACUCAUCAUGCCCCUCAUGGAGGGAAAACAGUAUGAAUUGGCUGCAUCUCUGGCGGAGAAGUACUACGACUUUGAGAUUCUGAUCCAGCUGUGUGAGGUGUCGGACAACACAGACAGGAUAGAGAAAUACCUGAGACAGUUCUCGGACAAAGGUUUUGCCAACUAUCUCUACACCUGGUAUAUGAAGGAAGGAAAAAGAGGAAAGCUGCUUGCUCUACCAAUAAGUCAACAGAGGGAGCUAGGGAAGUUUCUACAGAAAGAAGAUAUCAAAACCCUGAGUUGGCUCCACAACAUACAGACAGACAACUUCUCUAAGGCGCAUCUGACUCUGUUGGAGCUGGCCAGAAUGGAGCAAGGCUCUCUAUCCAAAAAGAAGACACUGUUAAGUCUGAGUAAAUUGGCAGGGCUGGCAGCUGAUCCUGAUAAUGGAGAUAUUGACAGCAAUAUAUUGGACAUCAAUGAAGAGCAGGAAUUAAUCGCCCACCAGCAGCAGUUACCUGCCCUUGUCAUAGAGAACCUGAAGAUGGAACCUGACAACAUGGCAGUUCUCUCCCCUGUCCAGUUGAUUGAGUUGUACAUCUCUGGAACAAACAUAGAUGCAACAGAAUAUGAUUUCAAGAAAGCUUUGGAUCUCCUUCAGUAUAUAGACAAGACUGACCAGACAGUGGACUAUGAGAGUCUUAGGAUGCACAUCUGGGCCCAGUCCAUACUCAGAGACAGCUGGCAGCAGGAUGAUUCAGUAGAUGUCAUGGAAGCUAUCAUGAACACAGUAUUCUUCAAAACAGUGGACCUAGCUUACAAAGAAGGAGUUGAUGUAAAGACAUUUAUGCCAGGACUAAAGAGCAUAUUGAAUUGUGAAGAACUUGGUGACUUGAAAGAUUCUGCCAGUUUUCAGUAUUUGAUCCAAGCUGGUUAUGAACACAUAGGACAGGUGCUGUGAAAUGUGCAAGGAAAGGUUGAAAGUGAAAGUUUUGAUUGGAGUAACAGAAGCUGUGAUUGGUUGUUAGUGACAGUAGCUAUGAUUGGUUGACAGUGAUAGAAGUUAUGAUUCAAUGACAGUUACAGAGGCCAUGAUUGGUUGUUAGUGACAGUAGCUAUGAAUUAUGUAUCAGAAGAAAUGCUGGAUGAUAAUUAAUUGUAUUCCAGAUCUGAGUCUGUCGUAAGAAAGAGAACCUCUUGUCUCCAUCUCAUCAAAGAGUUUAUUGCCAUCUACAUCAUCAGUGUUGUCUCCGAGUAUGUAAGGAGUAUGACCCACACAAAAAUCAUACCUGUUUUUUGUAUAAAAUGUUGUGAAAUAAAAUGUUAUAUGAUCAAA